AUGAACGACCUCCCCACAAUAGCUGCUACCCUACAGACAUGGAAAAAGAUACACCAAUACCCAGAACUUACACCUACCCCAUCCCCCAAAUACCCGAUAUCCCACAACCCCCUACUCCCCAUGGGAAAAGGAGGUAUAUUAAAAAAACCACAAUCCUCCCAAACCACAAACAGUUACACAGCAUUAGGUGACUUAAUAACUGACGGGGGACUAAAAUCUUUAGGAGUGAUUACAGGACUGACACAAAACCAAAUAACUUUGACGCACACCUUCCAAUAUCACCAACUUAAACACUUCCUGAGCAAAGAAGGACUCUUUCAUUGGAAGCCCAGAGAGGAAACGCUCUUUGAGAAAUGGUGCUCAAACCCACCCACACAAAAAAUAGUGGCCAAAUGCUAUAACAUGAUGCAAACAAUAACGGACAAACACCUACCGUUAUAUACCAGAGCUGGAAGCCGAUGGUUCUCAGCACAAAUGAAUGCGGAUGCAUGGACUGCAGUUUUUAUCAAAAUGAUGAAAACAAAUCCUAGCAUACCCCUACAAGAAAUUAAUUACAAAUUCCUUUCACACUGGUACACCACGCCAGUAGACAUUCACAAAUAUGACACCCAACACUCACCUACUUGCUGGAGGUGCAAGGAAGAGCAGGACACUUACCAUCACAUCUGGUGGUCCUGUAGGAGGAUAGAGGCCUUUUGGAAGGAG